AUGCGCAGACAAAAUUCAGUGACGGACUUUUUCCAGAACAUGCUCAGCAAGAGCAAGGCCCACCUUCAGGACAUUUUCACUUCCAAACGAGAAAAACAAAAGCACAAAGCUACCCUCCGUGGAGAUGACAUCUCGCCUCAACUAGAAAUGCAAAAAUCUGAGACAACUGGGGCUGAUGGCGGGAUUUCACAGAUUUCAGACAUCGAUUUUAAAAUCAGCACCAUGCACAGCUCUUGUCCCAGCAUUGGUGGGGGUUGCGGUGAUCCGAAUGACCCCAGGCGAAGCAACCCUCGGAUUAGCUUCGAUCCCGAUCCUUGCACCAGCACGAGACGCACGUCGUCACACUCAAGCCCUUCAACAGCC